UUCAUUUUGCCAAAAACGAAACUUUGAUGCGAAAUUGCAGAAAAACGCGUUAAAAUCGGAGAAAAAGUGUCGAAAAUCGCCUUUUCCGUACGUUACCGCAACGCAACAGUAUUCUUAGCACCGACAUUCGGACUUUUAUGCGAUAAUUCCGGAGAAAAAUGUCGAUUAAGGCGCAUGAACAACAACAACAACAGUAUUCACCCCCUUUAUUGUUCGAGCAGCAGUUUCACGCCAACAGCGCCGCCGACGACAUGCAGCAAGACGACGCCGAGGCCGAAAAACGCAUCACGAUGACGCUCCAGAGCGAAAUUCAGGAACUGAAACGGGCGCUGAGCGAAAAGGAGAACCAGCUGCUCGAGUGUUUGCAGGAAACGGACCGCCAAGUCGAGCUGGAGGACAGUAUUAUUGCGUGGCAGGACAAGUACGAGCGCCUGUACGAGAGUCACAAACGGGUACAAAAAGUAAAUCAAAACUUAGAAGAUAAGCUGCUCAAGUUAGUUGAGCGCGGCGAGAGCAAAAAUGCACAAUUAACGAGUGAUGUUGCCACACUUUCCGUUAGACUGGCACAAGCUAAUUAUAAUAUUUCUCUUUUGCAGCGCGAAAUUGAACGCUACAAAACAGACAUGGGUCUCGCUAUUCAAUUAUUGCAAUGUAAGCCCGAUGGCGUUGUUGCACAUAAAAUUUCCACACAUCUUCCAAUUGACUUGCAAAACAAACUUCGUAGCACUUAUAUGCGUCUUGAUAGCACCUCGCAUUCGGAUUCCGAGGGAAGUGUUCACAGCGGAGGCGGAAUUUUAUCAAAUAAUGCAUACACGGCGAUUCCCUUUCGUUCGGAUAGUCCCGGAAGUAACGCUUUAACGCCCUUACCACCGUCUGGCGUUCCUAAAAGGAAUGAUCAACAAAUCUCAAUUUCCCCCUCGGUGAUGGUCAAAUUCCUGGAAGACGAGCUAAAAGCCAGCCAAACACGCCAUUGCGAAAGUUGCAAAUGCCCAAAUCGCGACUUUACCGUCGUCGCUGACAUCCAAAAAUCCUACACCGUUGCCACACAAACCAUUCAAACGGAUGCGAAUCUCUGUCUUCGUUGCAGUAACGACUUAAACUCCCCAUCGCACGUCAACAGCAGCCCGUUCGCCAUGAAACUCGUCAAAUCCAGCGACAGCGUCAUCAGCGAAACAAAAAGCAGCGUCUCGGACUCAACACAAAACGAAAAAUUAUUCUCGCCCGCCAAGAAAGACAGCCAGGAUUUGACGAUAAAUCCAAUUUUGGGACAUCAUCGGUUGUGCGAUCGUGCCACACACAAUUCGGACUUCUUGCCGUCGUCAAUGUCGCUCGUGUCGCCAAAACUCACGCAUAUCACUUCGUCGUCGUCGUCGAGCGUCAGCAAAAAAUCCCCCGGAAAUGCCGUGCGGAAGCUGGAUGUUGUGCCGAGCGAUAGUUACGAAUCGCACGAAAACAUGUCGAAGUUGCCGGGCGACAAAUUUGACGAUUUGCUGCAUUUGUCGGAGCCAGCAACGAACGAAUCGGGUGCCAAUGACACGGAUAACGAGGAUUUGUUGUGCAAUGAAAAGACGUAUUUGCUCGAUAAGACAGCGUCGCCGCCGCCCGUUUAUCGCAAAAGCAAUAGUAGUAACGUAGCUAGUCGAAUGAUCUUGCGAACGCCCGAAUUGUCGAACGUAACGACGCGAAAUGGCGCCAAAAAUCAGUCGACGACGAGUCCUGCGGGUCCAAGUUCGUGUUCGACAGCGGGGAAAAAUAGCACCGAGUCUUAUGCGAUUCACGAUACGGACAAGGCGAAGUCAGAUAGUUUGAGGGGAGCCGGAAAUGGAAGCACAAACAGCUUAUGGAGUCGCACCAGUAGCAGAGAUGGCUUCAAAAUGUUCGAAAGUUUCAACCGGAAUUUAAUUAAAACCAUCAAAGCGGAAAAUCCAAAGAUGAAAGGACCUCGUAUCUGUGCUCUGAGGAUCCAAACGGGCUCUAACAACAUCAUGAUCGACGACGGCUUGGAAGACAACUUGGAAAUUCCAUCUCCUAUCGUUUACACGAGACGCCCUCGUCUCUUGGAUGAAGAGCUGGAUGAUGAAAAAGACGUUACUUUGGCUUAUGACUGCAAAAUUUCGAUGGUAAUGUCAGAUGUGCAGAAAAAACCGAUAAUUUUGAAUGAAAAAUUCCAAGAGGAACGCGAAAUUCCGUUGUAUGACACGAAAGCACAAGCAAAUAAGGCACAAGAGAACCCAAAAUCCGACAAUACCGCACAAAGCCAACCGCCGAGCAACAAUAAUUACGGAAGUUUUGGUCGAAGCACGAGCACAACUGACUCAGAAGUCGACUUAAAGAGACAACAACUGAGUCGCGUCGCUGAAUGGGUUCAAAAUAACUCCAAAAUUAACGAUGUUGAUAAUUUCCCCAACAAAAAUGAUCAAGAAGGAGACUUAAUUAAUCUGUUAGAUACGCAAAAUUUCCCGGCAGCGCCCCCUCCCGCCCUCGACAACAAACAUCUGAUCUACAAUCGCACGACAGUACCGCCCUCUGAAGUCUAUCCCAUGAACAACAACAACAAUAUGAUCGCCGAAACGGCAAAUUCCGACAAAAAAAGCCUCCUUGACACUGUAAAUAUCCCCACGGAAGCCCCAAAAGAAGCCCCGAUAAUUGCUCAAAAUCCACAAGUCACGGAAAGCUUCAACAAAAACAGCAACAGCAUCAAUUUAUACAAAUAUUUUAAACUUUAUGCGUCGCAACAGAGCGAUUAUGAGGACGACGAGGACUUGCAAUUCGAUAAUGAUAAUGGAAAUGAUGACGAUUGCGACGUCGAUGACGAUUACGAUGAAGAAGAAACGCCCAGCGAGAAGAAUUUAGACGACGACAACCAAAUUGACUUGGCUCAGAUGGAAUAUAACGUCAAGCAAUUCCUCUUGAAGCAGAACGAAUGGUCGAUACAUAACAAAUUGGCGCCGGGCGGUGCUCGACUCGCAACUUCCACGAACACGGACACGCAAAAAGCGAAGCCUCACCGAACGGAAACCAAUCUCUAAGUAAAAGUGCU